GUCCAAGCGUUUGAAUAUUAAUAACCAAACCAUUCCCAUAGUAGGUUUCGUAAAAUCAGGAAAUGCAGCGAGAUCACCUGACGAGUCGUCAUUGCUGUUGCGCUUCCCUCCUCACAGGAGACCAACAACAUGGCUCCCAAAGACAAAAACUCACUCAUGGAGCGCUGCCUUUUCCUCCUGACGCUCGUCCAGACCGCCGAGGCGUUUGACGGCGGAGACGCGGCGGCUUUGCUGCUGGGCGCGACAGUAACGCUCGUGGGGAUCUGCGCGUGCCUCGGCUGGUACGCGCGCACAAGAAACGGCCAGUUUUGAUGACAACCUGCUGACCAAGGCCUUAUCCGGAAGUGUGACUGAGUGCAUAAAGACCGUCAUGCAUUUAUACUGAAAACAAUUGGAAAUGCGCGCAAAGGAAGGACCUAUAUGGAUAAUAUGAGCUAUUGAUUGUAUUCUUUGACGCACUAUCCUUAUUAUGUGGGACACUGAACACUUCCUUCCUGUCUCUGUGCACCAUGUGGGAAACUUCUACAACAGUAUCAUCAUUUAAAAGCCCAUUAGGGUAUUACUGCAUGACAACAAGAUCACAUGCAGUCAUUCUCUCACACAUUUCUAUGGACUUGGGCAUACUGGUGGAAUUGAUGAUGUUGGUCUCCUGUCAUGUUACAAUCACUGCAAGACAAUCCGGUUCCAGUUUCAACACUAUGAUGAAAGCACUAAAUUGUUAAAUGGCUACUGCUUUCUCUGUCUAUAUAAAGCAUUCAAUGUCAAUGCAAAUGUGCUUUACAGAAGGAGGGUGAUGCUGCUUGCUUUAUGUGCUUAUGUUAAUAAAUUUUGUGAACCUUAUGUGCAAAUCUGUUGAAAACUGAUGGACCAUGUUUGAAGUCAUAUGCAUUAAAAUUCUUUUCACUUUAACACAAAUAAGAAAAACUUAAUUU